AUGUAUGCGCCAAAUGCAGCACCCACUAAUGCCAAAAAGUAUUUCAAACCAGCUAUAUUUACCCGCCUUCGUAAAUGGUUUCAACGCUUGUUUUCGCCAUGCGGUUCCAGUCCCGAACCUGAACCUGAAUCUGAACGUGCAGUCGUGCCAGUCACUAAGGCUGCUGCACCAAAAACUAUCAAUGUAGACAAGCUUGAAUCGCAUCUAUCACCCCAAAGUACACUCGUAUCACUUGCGCCAAAAUGUAUCGAACGCCCAAAGAAUGAUGCUGUUGUAAAUUGUCAUGAUGCAAAAACACGAGAAGACGCGUUGAUAUUAGAUAAUGGACACUCAAUUCCGCCAUUCGUGUUCACUUGGGAAGAACAGUAUUUUAGCGUUACUUCCCAUAUACAACUUGACGGUGCCUAUCCUCACCCAAUUGUUUGUGAAGUGUCUUACUCAAAGGGUGAAACGAUUGUGCUCACUCCGUACAAAAACGAUCAACAAUGUGUGUGGUAUAUAAUAGACUCGUUUAUGCUCCAUCAAAUACAAGCGGAUAUCCUAAAAAACCCACCCCAGGUUCCAGAAGGACUUGGACUUGAGUCAUACGAGUUUGUCUUGCAGAUCUUUUUUAAGGAAAACGACCGCAAAGCGCCUAUCAAUACUUUAAAUAUUUGGUUGAAUGAUGUUAGGACGGCACUGAAUAUUUACGGGAUAAUUACAAACAGUUAUUUUUCACAAUAUUGGCUUGAUAAUUUAUCUACAUACUCGUUUUAA